AUGGAGUGCAGAGAUGAUGUCAAAUCAGAAGAGAUCCUCAUGCCUGGGUUCCGGUUCCACCCUACCGAUGAAGAGCUGGUUAGUUUCUACCUCAAGAAGAAGAUCCAGCAGAAGCCCAUCUCCAUUGAACUCAUCAGGCAGCUGGACAUCUACAAGUUUGAUCCAUGGGACCUCCCAAAGCUUGCGAACACCGGCGGUGAGACGGAGUGGUACUUCUACUGCCCAAGGGACCGCAAAUAUCGAAACAGCGCGAGGCCAAACCGAGUUACAGCAGCUGGGUUCUGGAAGGCCACUGGAACAGAUAGGCCAAUUUACUCCUCCAAGGGCACCAGGUGUGUAGGCCUGAAGAAGUCACUUGUAUUCUACAAAGUUACAGAGCUGAAUUCCAAUGUUAUGUGGAUUUCUGAAGGCCACUUUUUCUGUUGCCAAAAACAGGACUCUUGGACCAUAUGUAGGAUCUUCAAGAAGACCAGCUCGAUGGCGGUGCAACAGGCGCUGACUCACACUUGGGAGCCUCCAUUGCCUGGGGCAACUAAGCAAGAUCUCUUCUCCGCCAUGCAAGCUUCUCAUUUUGCUUCAGAGAGCUCCUCCAACUCAUUGCAAGUUGCAGCUGCGGCACCAUCAAGUCAGUUCGACAGCAAAUAUGGCUUCCAAGGACAGCAGCAGUUUCAGAAACCCAACAACACACAGGAGGGUGGCUCUUCAUGCAAGGUCAUAAGCUUCAACUGCAGUCCAUCUCCACAAAUCCUGAAAGGCCCCAUCAUCUUGCCAUUCCAAACACAGCCGCCAUCACAGAAGCCCAUGCUGCACACUGCACCACCAUUCUUCUUCGGGGCGCAGUUUGGGCAGCCUGAGCAGAUCACUGGUUUUGUGACUGGUUCUUCUGAAGAUGUAAAUGCCGAAAUGAGCUGCAGGGACCAAGAGUCAUCCACAAUGAAGCAUGGUGAUACUUCCCACAUGAAGAAUGAGUGGGAGGCUCCGGGGAGACUCAACUUCCCAUUCGAUUUAGGAGCAGACUCUUCAGAUGACUGGGAGUGCAACAUACCUUGGGAAUCCUUUCUUAGCCCAACAGUCCCUGCUGAGAUAACACAGUAUUAG